UGACAAAGCGCAGCAGUGUGCCGCGCUCCUCUCUUGGUGCGCACUGAUCACUGAGUAAAGCGUGUGAUGCCAAGUGAGACACAUCCACAGUCAAGGCGGACAGAUAAUCAAAAAGAAACUAACUACAGAUUUUUUUUUUUGUUUUGUUUUGUUUUUGAAAACCGAGGCAAGUCUCAAGUGUGAAGGACUAUGGGUGCAGAGUCCAGGCAUUUUCCAACAUUUGAGGCUAAGACAGAAAUUUACAGAAGGUCUGAAUCGAACUUUUUACAACAUUAGAGAUAAUACUAGGUAAAAGAACACAAAAAACAAAACAUGGAGCUUUGCGCGCGAAAUGAGACAUCUACGAGCCCAGAGUGCGUCGGAGCGCAGACGGAAGCGCUGCAGAACGGAGCCGGUAACGGCAGCUUGGACACAACAAACAUCACCUACGGAAACGUUUCCACACUCCUCAUACCUCAGCGUGCCAGGCAGAAAGAUGGGGACCACACACUGCGGAUCCUGCUCUACUCACUCAUCUUCUUCCUGAGUGUAAUUGGCAACCUGCUGAUCAUUGUGGUGCUGACCGUCAAUAAACGCAUGCGCACCGUGACCAACACCUUCCUGCUGUCGCUCGCUGUCAGUGACCUGAUGAUGGCCGUCUUCUGCAUGCCCUUCACCCUCAUCCCCAGCAUCCUCAAGGACUUCAUCUUUGGUGCUGCCAUGUGCAAGAUAGUGUCCUACCUCAUGGGCAUAUCAGUGAGCAUCUCAACUUUUAGCCUAGUUGCCAUAGCGAUUGAGCGCUACAGCGCUAUCUGUAACCCCCUGAAGUCACGGGUAUGGCAGACCAGGUCCCAUGCCUAUCGGGUGAUUGCUGCUACAUGGGUGCUGGCCUUCAUCAUCAUGAUCCCCUAUCCAAUCAUCAGUCACUUGGAGUCUUUUCAGCGUCCUGACAACACCACUGCUCACCAGUGUCGCCACAAGUGGCCCCUCGCAACGGCAGAGCAGGCCUGGUACAUUCUGCUACUGCUUGUGCUGUUUGCAAUCCCAGGGUUGGUGAUGAUUGUGGCCUAUGGACUUAUCUCCAGGGAACUUUAUAGAGGCAUUCACUUUGAGAUGGGCCAGAAAAAAGACUCUACUGGUGAGGCCAUGAUCACUACAUGUGACAAAGAUACUAAUAAUGUGAAGAAUGGACUGACCUCCACUGUGUCUGCUGGCAGUGACGAUGGAGAUGGUUGCUAUGUUAAUGUCGUCCAGCGGCCGCACUCGGUGGAGAUGUCCACCAUGGCUGCAUCAAGCAGGGCAGUCAAGGCAGAAAGACCACGCAGCAACACGUCUGAGGCCAAGCUGGAGGCCAAGAAGCGAGUGAUCCGCAUGCUGGUGGUCAUUGUUGUCCUGUUCUUUCUCUGCUGGAUGCCACUGUACUGUGCCAACACCUGGCGGGCUUUCGAUGACCUCUCUGCAAAACAUGCCCUCUCAGGUGCACCCAUCGCUUUUAUCCAUUUGUUGUGCUACACGUCCGCCUGCGUCAACCCAAUUAUUUACUGCUUCAUGAACACCCGUUUCCGAAAAGCUCUGCUUGCCACGUUCUCGUGCUGUGCUGCACCUUGCCACCGCCAUCGUCGCCGUGGGCUACGGGACAACGAGGAGGACGUUAUGGCAACGGGAGCGUCCAUGUCCAAGUUCAGCUACACUACAGUCAGCACCAUGGGAACCUGCUGAGGCAGAUGGAUGCAGGCACAAUCCAGAAGAAACUGUUUCUACGGCAACAUAGCACCCCACAUCCUUUGCCUGUAGGCCAAAUCUGUGCUCAUAGGGACAGUAAUGUGGAGUGGAAAAACAGGUUAUAUAGUGUAGCAUUAUAUAAGCUUCACCCAUGACUGUGAGUAAACUUACAUUACAUUACAUUAUUUAAUUGUAAAUACCUCCAUAGCUAUACUAAAAAAACACCAAAAGAAGCAUACAGUUAUCUCUUGUCACAGUGGACCAAGGCAUGCUCAGAGCGGGGCAUAUGUGAAAACUUAGAAGUCAUUAUGUAGCUUAAAAAAAGAUAGAAACUUGCUAUGUAAUUCUAAAAUUAUGUUUUAUAUUUUGCUGUCAGUUGUUUUUCCUUGUGAAUGAUGGUGAUGCAAUUGCCUUGUGGACUAAGUGCCUAGUUCUAAAUACUAUGUUAUAUUUGUCUACUGUUGAUUUGCCUCAUUCAUCACAGGCACCAUAAUAACAGACAAACUUUAACCUGAUGGGUUUGGAAGUGGAGUUUAAAGACUAAAAAAAAAAAAAAAAAACAAA